GAGCGACCUCUAGUUGCCGGUGCAGUACUCUGGACGUCCUGUAGAUGUAUGCCUCGUGCGGCUCCAGUGCUCGUCGAUUGGAUCUCAGCUGGCGUAGUCCGUCUUUCUUCAGCAGCGCCUGCUAAUAUCUCUCCACAGGAAUGGACGCGGGAUUCUUCCGCGGCACGAGUGCGGAACAAGACAACCGAUUCAGCAACAAGCAUAAGAAACUACUAAAGCAACUCAAAUUUGCAGAAUGUCUGGACAAGAAGGUGGACAUGACCAAAGUAAACCUGGAGGUCAUCAAACCCUGGAUUACUCAGCGAGUCACCGAGAUCCUGGGAUUCGAAGAUGAUGUUGUCAUAGAAUUCAUAUUUAACCAGCUGGAUGAGAAGAACCCUGAUAGCAAGAUGAUGCAGAUCAACCUGACCGGCUUCCUGAAUGGAAAGAACGCCAGGGAGUUCAUGCGAGACCUAUGGCCCUUGUUGCUCAGUGCCCAGGAGAACAUCGCUGGAAUCCCCUCUGCCUUCCUGGAGCAGAAAAAGGAGGAGAUCAAGCAGAGACAGAUUGAGCAGGAGAAGCUUGCGUCUCUCAAGAAACUGGAUGACGACAAGAAGGAAAAAGAAAACAAGGAGCGAGAACGAGCUCAGUCCAAGAGCCCCAGGAGGAGGAAGUCGCGGUCACCUUCACCACGACGAAGGUCCCCCGUGAAGCGGGACAGGAAGCCCAGCCCCCCACGCUCUCCACGUCACAAGCCCGGCCCAGUGACCGGGGGUACACCCCCACCUGCUUUGAUGCCGCUGCUCCCGAAGCCAGAGGAGCUCCAACCCGAACCCGAGGUGCCAGCAAGCGCCGUUCCAGAGCCUGUCGUCCCCCAGCUGGCCUCUAUCAGUGAGGAGGUGGUGGAAGUGGAGGUGGCGAAAGUGGAUCCUGUCCCUGAGCUGAAGCAGCCUUCUCCAGAGAAGGUUGCCAAGAAGGAGGAGCGGCCAAAGUCCCGGGAGAGGGACAAGGACGGCCGGAGGGACCGGCCCCGCCACCGCUCCCGCUCCCGCUCCCGUCGCCGCCGCUCCUUCUCCAGAUCCUACUCGCCCCGCAGAAGGCCCAGUCCCAGGAGGAGAAUGUCCCCGCGCCGUAGGAGCCCUCCCCGACGUGGCCCACAAAGCUCCCGACACAGACACAGGCGCUCACCUGUCCGACGGAGGCGCUCUCGCUCCGCCUCGACCUCGGGAAGCAGUUCUUCCAAGUCCCACUCGCCCAAGAAGGCUGUGAAGAGAACGUCUGCCACGCCGCCCCAUAAACAGCCACGCCUCCUGGACCCCGCCGGUAGCCCCCCAGGAAAGGACCGCCGCUCCGCGUCCCCGCGGGCCAGGAAGGGCCGCGGCUCCCCCUCUCCCUCCAGAGCUGCCGGGGUAAAACGAAAACCAGUUGUAGGCAGAGCCGAGUCACCAGCAGACAAUCCCAAACCAAGACGAUCUGAAGACUCGGAGUCCGACGAAGAUAAAAAUGAAAAAGACGCAACCGCAGAUUCAGUGCAACAAAGGCGUCAAUACCGCAGGCAGAAUCGUGAGUCUUCCUCAGGUUCCGGGUCCUCUUCCUCAUCAGAGGAAGAGGCCGCCAAGAAACCCCCGGCGCCCGGUCCAGCGCCCCGCAACGGCGAUGUCCGCAGGAGGCGCAGCCACUCGGCCUCCCCGCGGAGACGCCACCGGGACGCGUCACCAAGGAGAAGACGGUCUCCUUCUCCACGAGGACGCGGGCGGCGCUCCCCAUCCCCACGCCGGCGCAGAUCCCCCUCUCCCCCCAGACGGAGGUCCCCGUCCCCGCCGCCCCGGAGGCGGUCCCCUUCCCCCCCCCCUCGCAGGCGCUCCCCCUCCCCGCGCCGCUACUCCCCGCCCAUCCAGCGCCGGUACAGCCCUUCCCCGGUGCCAGUGCAGAAGAGGAGGAUGUCCGGCUCCCCCACCAAAGGCUCCCCCCCCGCCUCCAAGCGCCGCGUCUCCAGGUCUCCCAAGCGCAGGAGCCCUCCGCCUGGCCAGAAGAGGCGCACGCCCCCGUCUUCCACGUCUCCCAUGCAAAGGCACCGGCGGAGCCCCAUGUUGCCUUCCAACCGGCCGGGCAGGGACGCGCGGUCCCCGGCCGCCGCGGCCAAGCGCCUCUCCCCGUCCCCGGCACAGCGAGGCCGCGGCGGGGCCAGGGGCUCCGCAAGCCCCCCCAGGCGCUUCGAUGCCACCAGCACCUCUCCAUCCAAUCAGAGGAGGCAGCCGUCUCCCUCCCAUGGCAACAGAGCCAUCCGCAGGGUGUCCAGGACCCCAGAGCCACGCAAGAACCAGAGGUCCUCGGCGAGCCCCCAGCCGAUAAAGAGAAUGUCCUCCAGGUCGAGGUCCGUCUCCCCGGCUCCGCCGGCGGCCCUGAAGCGUCCGGCGCCGGGCUCUGCCUCUCCUUCUCCCUCUCGCUCUGCCAGCGGCUCUCCUCCUCCAGCCAAGAAGGCCAGCAGCGGUUCUGCCAGCCCAUCCCCCAGCAAGAAUUCGGACGCAGAGGGCGGGAAGAAGAAGAAAAAGAAGAAGGAGAAGAAACACAAGAAAGAGAAGAAGCAUAAGAAACGCAAGAAGCACAGGAAGGAGAAGAGCGGCGGCCCGGCGACGGGAAACGGCCAGGAGAGCCUUGGGGCGAACGAGGACCAAGAUUCAAAAAAGGAAUCAGACAGCGAAGUAGAGGACAGCCUGGAUGAUCUAGAGAAGCACCUGCGUGAGAAGGCACUGCGCUCCAUGAGGAAAGCACAGAUUUCCCCAUCGCAGAUGUCCUGAGAGCCAGGGCGUGUCUGUUAAUUCUGCUGUCUCUUUCCCCCUUAUCCUCCCCCCUCUCUCUUUUUGAAGUUUGUCCCUGACCUGGUUCAGCUUUAGAAUGUACAAAUUAUUUGUUCUUUAGUCAUAUUUUUUUUAUUAUUAUUACGGGUUUGGUUUGUCUGCAAGGUUGGGGUUAUUAAUUAGGUUGAUUUGAACCAGGAUAUCUCAUUUCAGUUUAACCCAUUGUGUAUUAUGAAGGUAUAUUAUCUAAACCGUGACAUACCUGUUCCUACUUAUGGGUUUUCAAGGACUGAAACGGUCUAAAGAACAUGGCCUGCAUUAGGGAACAUGUCAAAUGUACCACAAACAUACACACACAAUAGCCGACUACAUGUGAAUUUGACUGCAUGUAGGACUUCCAUAACUCUGAUGUGCAUGACCAACGACCUAGGAGUGUAGAGGGGAACUGGCAUUCUGUUACAAGGACCUAUACAUAGACCUAGGACAGUCUCACACCACUCUUCUGCGUGCACUGUAUACAACAUUGUAGCAGAAUGUCUUGCCUCAUAUUUGAUGUUCUACAGGUGUUUGGCAUCUUAAAACUAUGCUGUUAAUGUAUGGCUCUGAAACAGUCUGAGGUUACUUUCAUUUUCAAAAUAAAUUGGUAUAACGUUAUGUUGAUCUUGCGCCCGUGUACCAUUUCCUACCUGGCUUUUGACAUCCUUUGAAAUUAAAAACCUUUUUUAUAAUA